CGGAAAAACUAAUAUUCAGCUAGCUGGCUAGCAUGCUGAACACCUAGAUUCGAAAGAACAGCCGCUCGGCAACUUUGGAAUACAACGGCAUAAUAGCUAGCUGGCUAGAUGGUGCGCCAGCUAAAAACCACAGCUCAGUUCCGAGAUAUUGAAAUCGGGAAGAUUUAGCAAACCGUUCAGUUGCCAUGGGGUUUUCCUGACACUUCAUGUCACCAAGAGCUGUGAAGAUAGGCAGUAUUGACGCACGCGAGCUGGAGCUGUUUGGGUCGAGAGAAGAAUGUAGCUAGCUACGAGUCUGGUGUUGGUUUGUAGGGCGUAUCGAAUGUGUUUUUUUAAAGGUUUUUUUUUGUAUGCAUCGGUAUAAAAUUCUAAUAUAAUAUGGCUCUAAUGGGAGGAACUGAAGACACGACCAAGCGACUGGGCUCUCAAACGAUGGAAUCGGGAGCGAAUAUCGGCCUGUGUAAAGAUAGUCGACCAUGUUCUAGAACCGGACAAGUACGGGUCGCUGAAGCGGAGAUAUUGGAGAUAUUGGAACCCUACGAGCCGGCGAUAACCUACCUACAGUCAGUGCUUGUGUGGGAAAGACCCCUACACAGUGUACUACAUUACACGUUUAUAAACGUCGUGUUCUGGUUCUUUGCCCUGAGCUCUCUACGCCUGCUGUUCCUGCUGUCUGCUGGCCUAGGCAUAGCGGUGUGCCUGGACACCUGGGGGAACAGGAUCUGGCACAAGAUUGGAUUGAUGCAGUCUGGUGGAAAGGAAAGCUGGGGCCUGGUGCACCCGGGGGUCCUCAGUGUCCCGGAGCUGAGCCGCCACAUGGCGGAGGUGUGGGUGACCCUGUCGUCAUUCACGCAGAGCCUCGUACAGCUCAGACAGUACAAUCCAGCCAAGUUUUGUCUCCUGGUCUGUGGUUUCUUCUCCUUUGUGGCAAUGCUGGGAUACUACGUUCCGGGACUGGUGUUCUCCUAUACUGCGCUGCUGGCAGUGUUGCUGUGCCCUCUGGCUGCGAACCACAGGGUGUUUCAUGGGAUGCUAGUGCAUCUGGAGCCAGCCCUGCAGCGGCUGGACUUCAGCGCCAGUGGAUACAUGAUGUCCCAGCCCAAGGAGAACCAAUUCCUCCGCAGACCUAUCCGGCACGCUUACGCCGCUGACGACACUGACAGUGAGGAGGAGCUGUCUGCCUUCUGCCCUGAGCUGGAUGAUGCCGUGGUGGCUAAGGAGUUGGAGAUCACAGACUCGGAACACUCGGAUGCUGAGGUCUCAUACACUGAAAAUGGAACCUUCAACCUGUCGAGAGGUCAGACCCCACUCACAGAAGGCUCAGAAGAUUUCGACAGGCGCAGUGAUGCCGAGGAGUCCUUCUCCUCCGACCUCCCCGACUUCCCCUCCAUCAACCCAGAGGCCACACUGAUGGACGACGAUGACGACACCAGUAUCGGGCUCCCUAGCCUGGGUCCGUCCCGCGGCCAUGGCCCCGGCGCCGCCUCGCUGGACGUGGAGGCCCAGAUGGACUUGGACCAAGACAGCAUCGACGACGAGCUGUCCCUGAGCGGCCUCCCCCCCGCCUCCGACUUCACCGCCGAGCUCAGCGGGAUAAUCGCCAGCAACAUGAUCCAGGCUGCCCUGGCAGGAGCCCUGCAGCCCCGCCCCCCGUCCGGUUCACGACGGGCUGGACGGGAUGGUUCCGCGCGCCAGGGUUACCGCAAGCAGUCCAGCUCCGAGCUCGACACCGACCCGGAGGGCGAGGACUUUGAGAUGCUGGAUCAGUCCGAGCUCAACCAGAUGGAUCCCGCGGGAGCAUCUGGACAGGGAGGAAGGCAGGGUGGACCCCAGCAGCACAGGAACCAAGGGCCCAGCUUCCUGUCCAACCUGCUGGGAAAGCCGCAGUGAAGCUCCGCCCUGUCUGCUCUGUCUCCACGUCCAAAUAAGGGACGUGCUGUGAUGGAUGGAUUUGCGUGGCCGAGAAGAAACCAGUACAUUCACUGCAGGCUAAAGUGCGCACCAUAGCGAAACAGAUUUGUCACUUUCAUUUGUUUUGUCAUUCUUUCUCCUUGGGUCAGGGGAUCAUUUUUUCCUGUGCUCAUUAUCGGGCUGAGCCAGACCUAGGCAGCCCUGAUCCACCAGUACUGGAGGUGUUCCUGGCCUUUUCUCAAUCCAAGCUCUUAAUUAUGUAAUUGGAUAAGUUAUCACAAAAAAUUAGUGCAGUUAACCAUGGACCCAAGGCACCCCUCAAUAACCAUUCCGACUCCUGCUCCUGUUAUAUCAUUAAAACAUUGGAUGUGAGGAAAAAGGAACCAGGGUUCCUUUCUCCUGUCAGACAAUAGGACGCCAUUCUAAAGAUAAUACAUGGUAUAAACAGACCACUCAUACAUUUGUACACCGUAGCCCCUAUGUGAGAGUCAUAUUCUCUUCACCAAUUUGCAGGAGCCUCAAAGCAACUGAAAAUGGGUGUACAGUAUCUUGUUUUGUUUCACAAUGAAAAGUCUCAAUGCUAAUGUAGGACCAAAAGAGUACAUCCCUGUGUUUUUGAAAUCAAGACUGCCUAAUGAGGAAAAGUAUAAAAAAUAAAAAGCAUAACUGUGAGCAAUAUGAGUUUCCACAGAUUAAACUGUUGUCAUCGCACUUUUUCACAGGAAAGCUUUUUUGGUUCUGUAAAAUGGCACCGUACAGUGAGUUCCAAAAUUAUUGGCCCCCUUGAUAAAGAUCAGCAAAAAGCUGUAUAAAACAAACGAGACCGGUUAUACUGUAUGCUCAAAAAUGGAGCAUUAUAUUAUUUUAUAUGAAUGCAGUUGCUCAGAUAAUUUUUUUAAUGACAUCAUUUUAUUUCCAAAAAAGAUGGGUGUCCAACUUAUUGCUACCCCUGCUUUCAAUACUUUUCACCCUCUUUCACAAGGAAAAAACUUGUUGAUUGGUGAACAUAUUUGCCAUACAAAGUCUUUGAAGAGCAUGCAGAUCCUUGAAUUCACAAUUAUCUCCCCCAGUAUGUUUGCCAAUCUCAUAAAACACUUCAGAAAACCACUUGGUAUUUUUAUUAUGUACUAAAACGGGGGUGCUAAUAAUUAUUCUUUUUUUUGGGCAAUAAAACCUUUCUCAAAGCAAUUGUAUUUGUAGACAAAAUAUGAGUGUUCUCAUGCCUGAGCAUAAAAUAUUGCUAAUUAUCUGCAUUUUAUUUUAUAGACAACACCUCCCCAUCUUUAUCAAGGGUGCAAAUAAUUAGGGAAGGCACUGCAUACCCAGCACCAUUAUGUUGGAGCAAUCGCAGGAACAAUAAGCAUUCGCACGGUGCAUAAAUCAAGGUCACAAAGCCGACACAAAUGCAAAAAAAAGCCGUCUUAAUUAACUUUAGAGAGGAUUCUGAAAACAAAGCGAGUGUGAAAUCAUAUAUAGAUAUGAUUUCGAUUGAGCUUGCACAGUAUGCGUGGGAUUCUACAGCAUUUCACUCUCCCGUGGUGUGUGUUGUUUUUCUAGCACUCGUGAUGAACUUGCUGCCUCGCUGUCUGACCUGCUUCUGAGCCUCCCCUGUCACACACACACACACACACACACACACACUGUGGCCGCAAGCUCCUUUUCCUCCCGUGGCCCGCCUUCACGUCCCGCCGUGCGUGUGCCGGGAUUGCAUAAAUGCAUUUCCAUCAGUGGGAGAUUCCCGCAACAGUGUUUUGUGCAGACUGUGAAAUGAAAACAGUGAAACUUAGCUUUACUUGACAAUUUGUGAUGUUAUGCAUACUGUAUAUAAAUCCAAAACGUAUAUUUAAUGAGGAAUAAUUGACCGCUUUCUUAAAAUCGAUUUCAAAUUAUAGGCAAACAGGAGAGCUACGUCACUUUUGUGGGUUCGUCCUUUGACCAUGCUAUACGGGCAACACACUCUGAAGAACUGAUCGCAUUCCUGAUAGCUGACCGUUUACUGAAUCAACUGUGGGCAAGUAUGUUUGGGAUGCAGGUGAUUUCAGCUGAAAUGGCAAUAUAAUCUUUUGAGCUGUAAACAUAAGAAUACAAAAAAUAACUAUUUCUGCUGUUGAGACAUUUUCAUGGCUGGUUAAUCUAGGUUUAAAGUGAAUACCUUUGCAAGACACAUUGACACAAGCUUUAAAUGAAGCUCUGACUUCAGAGAAGCACAGCAGAAAGGGAAAAAAUAUCCACAUUGAUGCCACUGAAACUUCACUGCUGUGACGGUGAAGCAUGUACUCUUGACUAGUUGCUUCAUGGAUGAGGUCUACCACUGCUUUCCUACCACUGCUUUUCAUAUGUUCAUCACUGUUGCGCCCUUAGCUCUGUGUCCGCUCCACGUUUAACCCAUUUUAGCAUUUAUAGUCCGUAUGAAAUGUCGCAUUGGUAUAUAGCGUGUCUAUGCUUCUGCUUAACCCAGUUCUGUAGCAGGGCCAUUGUCCUUCUUAUGAUAGAAUUUUCCAAGCUGUGUUCAAUGUUCUGACCAUGUUAUCAGAGAAAUGCGCUGCAAAUGGAAUUGUUUGUAUAGUGAUGGAUCUUUUUUUUUUAGCGUUCAAUCCAUCUGCUGCAUGGCACCAAUUAUCCUUGUUAUUUUUUAACAGGGUUUACACAGCUGUGGCAUCAAUGUGCAGAAUCUGUGAAGCUUCCAUUAUGACCACACAUUUGUCUGUAACUUUUUUGCAUUAAACCCGCAGUGAGGGCUUGCUUUCUAGAUUUAAUUUAACUGUGGGCUGAAAUCGACCUAAGGGUAUAGACUCAAUGGCCGAGUACUGAAAAGGAUAUGAAGGACCUCUAAAUAGGGCCUGUGUCCACCAGUACGUCCUUACCUCGAAUGCGGUGAUAAUGUGGAGUGGAAAAAAUAGUCACAUCCCUGCGUAGCAGAACAUCAACCAGAGAGGCGCUGGCUGCCAUAUUUGAAGUCUAUGGUGUGACCUGUCUGGACAUUUUUCUUUUCAAAGCUUUGGCUCAACACAUGCCUACUUAGUAGAUGGAUACCAUUGUGAAAGUCCUCCUGAAGUGACUAAAGUGAUAGGAAAUGUGAGGUGCGAUUGCUUGUGAUCUGCCUUCAUCAGUCAUGCCGGUGUGUCUGUAGAGGUUGCAGAGUGUAAGGCUGCAGUGAUAUCACUACGUCUGAUGGCCUAGUGCCAUUUGUUUCUUCCGCAAUAGCAAUUCCUCAUUGUGCCUGUUAUCCUUUUUACAGGGUAGUAAAAAAACCUGGUCGCUAUGGUUUAACGGUCACGACACCACUUCUAGGUUUUGUGCCGAUUGUUCUUUAGUCCUAUGACCACUUGCUGAAUAGAUGUUCCCUGAUGGGACCAACCCAAUUCUUGCUGGGUUAAUUUAGCUGGUGUAUUAAUGGCUCAUGCUUUGUGUGUGUUUAGUAUGGCAUAUCAAAAAGGCUUGUCUUGGACAACAGUGUCACAAAUUAAUAAAGCUUCUGAAUGGAUUAUGGUGCAUUUGUGCAGAGAUUUUGAAUAUGUAAAGUAUGACUAUUGUCUUUUUGGCAUUGUGGGUGGGAUGCAGGAGUCACAGAAGAAAGGUUAAAAUGUGUGUAAGUGCAUAAAAUAUGGGUUAUAAGUAAAAGUGUGGUAUUGGGGCACUGACUGUGGCCAAGCACAUUUUUAAAAUUAAUUUUGUCAACAUGUAAGUGUGUACAUCUAAAGGAUAAAUCGGUCUCCCUGAAAUGUUAGACUAUUAAAAGGCACAUAUGCCCUGCUUCCCAUCAAGGCAUAUGUUACCAUUUGGAAAUGUUUCCUUUCAUUUACAAGAUAAAAACAUUUAAAUUAAUCAGUGCUUCUAGAGUGUAUCAGAACAAUGACCUCAGACACUGGUAAGAUAUAGAAUUGUUUGUCUUUUUCGUGUUGUUAAUUUGAUUUCCAUAUAAUGGUCAGAUUAUCACCUUUUGUUUUUUGUCUUCUGUCAUUUAAAUAAAAUGCAGUUUUGAUGCGGUCAAAUAAGCAUAAAUAAUUAUGCGCAUACAGAGAGGUGUGAUAUCAAAUUUAAAAAAUCUAAAAUGAUUUAUAUCUGGAAAAUGUAUAUCUACAAACUAUUCUGGAAAAAAAUAUUUUUUUAAUAAAAGUAUAUGUAUUGUAAGGGGAUAUCAAGAGUUUCGGUAUGAGACCUGUUCACAGAUACUGUGAUGAUAUCAAAGUGGUGUGACUCAUCUGUGAAGUGAAACUUUGUUUCUGCAGUCAUGUGCCCUAUGUAAGUGUAUACAGUAGCGUUUUCUCUGAAACUCGAUAAUUUGUAAUGUGUUAAAAAAAUUAAAAUAAAGGCAAAGUCUACAAAUGCAA